GCACGCUUGAAAUAGGGCGGCGGAGGUGCGCGGCGCACUCAGAUGAAGACGACGAAGAGGAGGAGAGAGAAGCCCGCCACCGAGAAGAGCAAAAGAGAAGAAGCUGCAGAUAGAGGAGCUCGGAGGAUGGCGAACCACCGCUGACACUUUGGGAAUCCAAACCACACACACGCACACACACACACACACACACACAAAAACACAUGCGGCGCUGAGAAGCAGACAGGAGUGUCACAUUUGGACUCUUUUUGCCUGCUUUUUUGCAUCUUUUUUGCCUCGGGAGUAAGACAGGGAAGCCGCCGAUGGGCAGCCUCGCUGUUUGGGUUGCGGUUCUGGCCGCCCUGUCGACCUGCAGCCAGGCCGCAGGGCACAAGAGAGGCGACGUGGACACAGCUAGCAUCCCGCAGACAUCCUUGGAAGCGCCAUCCAUGGACAGGGUCGAGGCGGUCAGGAGCAUCGAUCAAACCGUCUCUGACCCGGACAGCGCCCCCUGUCGGAGGACUUACUGCGGCCGCGGCCGCCAGUGCGUGCUGAUGGCGGCGACCGGUCGCGCGGAGUGCGUGUGCCAGGAGAAAUGCCGUCCGUCUUUCGUGCCGGUGUGCGGCUCGGACGGACGCUUCUACGAGAACCAUUGCGAGGUUUACCGCACCGCCUGUGUGGAGAGGAGGCGUGUGUACGUGGUGCACAGCAAAGACUGCUUCUUCAAAGGUAACGCAUGCACCAUGUCGGAGUACAACCGUCUGAAGAGCUUGCUGCUGGACAUUAAAACCACCCCUGGGAGCCCUGAAACCGAACGCAACCAGCAAAGGGACAUGGAGACUAGGCGGGCGCUGGUGGACACCAUGUUCAAAUACCUGGACGUGGACCAGGACGGACGACUAGUUGGGGAGGAACUGGAGAAGAUCUCCAUGAAAGAGCACUUGGACGACGCCUUGUUGCAUUGCACCAUGCACGACCUGCUGCGCUACGACGACUACAACAACGACGGACACCUCAGCCUGCACGAGUUCUACACCGCCUUCCACACUAAUGAGGACAGGCCAAAGAAAAUGGAUGCAUGGACAGAGGUGGUCCAGCUGAGCCUGGCGGAGGACCAGUGGGUCAGCGUCUCGGCAGUGACGGUGGGCCUGAGCGCCGUGCUCACCUGCGCCAUCCAGGGGACCCUGCGGCCGCCCGUCAUCUGGAAGAGGAACGGCGUGGUUCUCAACUUCCUGGACCUAGAGGAUAUCAAUGACUUCGGGGAUGACGGCUCGCUGUACAUCACCAAGGUGACGACCAUUCACAUGGGGAACUACAGUUGCCAUGCCUACGGAUACGAGGACCUCCACCAGACGCACGUGCUGCAGGUCAACGUGCCUCCGGUGAUCCUGGUGUACCCGGAGACGCAGGCCCAGGAGCCCGGCGUGUCUGCCAGCCUGCACUGCCACGCCGACGGCAUCCCCGAUCCCAAGCUGGUGUGGCUGAAGAACGGCGUGGAGCUGCAGCUGCGCUCUGCCAAGCAACUUUCUCUCAAAGCUAACGGCAGCGAGCUGUUCAUCGGCAGCGUCCGCUACGAGGACACUGGCGCCUACACCUGCAUCGCCAAGAAUGAGGUGGGCGUGGACGAGGACAUCUCUUCGCUGUUUGUUGAGGACUCCGCCAAGAAGACGCUUGCAAAUAUUCUGUGGCGGGAGGAAGGUCUGAGCGUGGGCAACAUGUUCUACGUGUUUUCCGACGAGGGCAUCACGCUGUUGCAGCCCAGCCAGUGCGAGAUCCGCCGGCAAAUCAAGCGCACCGACAGGAUCGUCGCCACAUACGAGGAGAUGUGCCCCAAAGGCGAGGGUCCGUCACCCCAGCGCUGCGUGUGGUCGUCGGCGGUCAACGUCCGCGAGAAGUACGUCUACGUAAGCCAGCCCCUCCAGAGCCGACUCCUGGUGGUGGACAUCCAAGCACAGCGGGUGGUGCAGGCAGUAGCCACAGAUCCGUUUCCAGUGAAGAUGCUCUACGACAAGUCACAUGACCAAGUGUGGGUGCUAACGUGGGGCGACAUGGACCGCACGCACCCAACGUUGCAGGUAAUUCCUCAAGCCAGCGUGGGUGAAGUCCAUCACGCCGUCCGCACCUCCUUCCAGCGUGUCAGCGACUUCUUCAUCCCGCCAACCAACCUCAUCAUCACUCACGUGAGGUUCGCCUUUGUCUUCCUCCAAGACGAGCCGGCGCUGCACAAGGUGGACCUGGAGACCUUCCGGCGCGUCAAGACCAUCAGCCUGAAGGACUACAGCUGCGUGCCAGCCAGCAUGGCCUACACGCAUCUGAGCGGCGUCUACUUCGUCCAGUGCCGGGGCGGAAAAGCCCAGCUCCUGGUGGACGCGGUGACCGAUGCGGUGGUGGGCCCCAACCGCGACGUCACCGGCCGGGCUUUUGUGUCGCCGGACAGCCGCUUCAUCGUGACGCCCGGCGGUGGGGGCGGCGGCGCUCGGCUGACGGUGCAAACGGUCUCCUUCCAGGGGGAGAUGCGCAUCCGACAGGAAGUCAAGGACCCCGUCGCCGCCUCGGACCUGGUCUUCCAGCCCUCCUUCGUCACGGCCAACAAAUACGUGGCGGUGGCCGCCUCGGACUCUUCUGCAGACUUGCUCUUCGCCGACCUGUCCUCGGGACACACCGAGGUCCUCCGGGGCCUCAAGGACCCGCUGGGCCCUCGGAGCUGGCCCUGGGGGGCGCCUUAUCGGGUGGUGGUCUCCAGCGGCCCGUUUGGACAGUACCUCUUGACGCCGUCGGCCGAGUCCCUCUUCGUCCUGAACGGCAAGCAAAGAACGCCGCACUGCGAGGUGUCGGACGUCACGAGGGGCAAUACCGUGGUCUGGGUUGGCGAGGUAUGAGUAAAAAAAAAUAAAAAAUAAAAACAAGAGUAUCAGUAGGACUUAACUAAAAAUGAACGGCCCGGACGCUGGUAUUUAAUAACAGAACAAGGAGGAUUCAAUGUGUUGGGUUUUCAAUGUGUUUAAAAAAAAUAAUUGUUGUGAUAGUCUCGCUGGGAGAAAGUGUCAAUGGUGUUCAAUGCGACACAAUUGUCCACGAUUGCACUUCCCUUCCGUGUUAUCACAGCAAGUUAGGUACCUGACCAGGGGUUACCACACGACGAACUAUGCACAAUGCUCACUUUUUUAGAGUAAAAAAAAGCUUUCCGAUUUUUUUUUUUCCCCCCCCGUGUGUGUUGAUCGUCUUCACCAGUGCUAACCACAAGCUGUUCUUCAGUCAAUGUCCGCAUUUAGUGUCUGUGAGUCUUUAGACGCUGUAUUAUCCCACGCCGCCUCACCUUUCAUAUACUGUCACCCGAUUCUGUUUUCAGAAACGAUGUUAGCAACUCUCCUGUUUACGUCACAGCUGCAGACCUCUGAAAUUCUACUAAAGGCUGUGAGCAUUUGAAUGCACUUUUACUAUGACAUCUAGCUAGAAAAGUAGCAAAUCAACGUGGAAUACAAAUGAUUCAAAUCAAAAGCGAUCCUUUAUGUAUCCCAUACAUAAAUCAAGUUAAAAAAAAAAAGUCGUUUAGGGGUUGAACCUUUUAGUUGACGAGUCGACUUUACCACAGUGACGUUUAACAUUUGAAGCCGACUCAUCGCAAAGCACGUGUUUUUGGCGUCUCGUCUCCCAAUCGGCCAAUUUACAGAGGACUUUCAACGCGCCCGUAAGCUGCCAUCGCGAGACUAAAACGCACUGACGCAGAAAAUAUCCGUUCAACAAGGCGACAGUGUUCAUCCGUCAGCGCGGGUCAGAGAGUACAAAAAUAAGCUCGUUGUGGAAAAGCGGAGCUAGCUUUGGCUAUUACGCUCGCCGCUCGUCCUAAAAAAUUUAUUGUGGUACCUCGGGACCGUCGGCGAGGAGCGAGGGCAGCGGGGUGAAGUGAGACUACAUCAUGGUCACCAAAAUGUUGUAAUAAUGCACAGACAACAACUGUGUGCUAACGAGAACUUUAGCCAUUAUAGGUCUAACAAUAUCGCUUACUUGAUCGCACGCUUUACGAUUUGCUAAAAAGACAAACUUUUCGACAAAUACUCACAGCCUCACGUUUUUUGAAUUUGAGCAACUUAUCAGCAAGACGUUGUCCAAAAAGAAGUCGUGCUUAUUACCGACAAAUUCUCAACAAUGUGUAAACGGCAAAGUGUGUCCGGACUGAAUCUUGAGUUGUGGCUCUCGUGGUUGAUUUAGGCUGCUAAGCUUAGUCUGAGGGUUCACUCUUGGCAGCUAGAGGUAGCGUAUAUAUAUCUCUUGAUCUACGAAUUCAAUUCUGCGUAUGGAGUAGAGACAGCUGUGAGACAUGCAUGCCAUCGAAAUCAGUUGUCCGCCAUAUACCUCUCUCUCAGUGACCUUCAUAGUCGUUUGACAGUUAGUCAUGUUAAAAAAAAAAAAAAGAAAAAAAUGAAAAA